GGCGCCUUUUGGGUUCUGAAAAUAUCGCUCGGCAGCACAACCGACACAACAGGCGAGGCAAACAAAAUCAAUACUUUGUAAAGCGAAGGCUCAUUCCGGGUCCUCAUAAAAUCGACACCGCAUCCGAAACAAAGAGCCGCAACCAAAACAACAUUAAACCGUCCGCAGCAACAUGAGAUUCAUUCGAUCACUCUUUUCCUCGUCUAGAGGAUCAGCCAAGAACUCCUGGCACGCUGAAAGCAAUGACAGCACCACCAGAAGAGCAUUCAUUACAGGUUGUGGUCGUGCAGUGCCAGGUGUGGACCAGCUCCAAGGAAAAGGAGCCCUGGUUGACACUGACAUCAUCAUGCAAAAGUUGGUGGAUGCUGGCAUUCACAACCCCAAGACAGGAAAGCCUGUAGCAUUGGACUGGGCAAAGCGUUAUCUGGGAUCAACCAACAUUGCAAUUGCAGAUGUGUCAGUAUUUGAGAGAGUCUUUGAACAUCAGCUGCCUGAAGACUGCAAGGAUAUCUCAGAGUUUGAUAUGAGUGUUUCUGCUGCCAAGAUGGCUCUGGAUGAGGCUGGUGUCUCUGCCAGUGAGAUUGACUGCAUCAUUCAUGUCUCUGGCUCCAACCGGUUACCCAAGGAAGGAAGAAGAGAUGACUUGGGCCUGAACCACUGCAUGAGAGGAUACCCCACUGCCUUGCCUGGGCUGCGACCUGACUGCCUCCUGCAACACCAAGACUCUGGCUGUGCUGGAGUUGUGCCUCCCUUUCAAAUGGCCAAGGCCAUGCUGUCAGGUGGUGAUUUCAAGAACAUCCUGGUGAUUGCUUCCAAUAGCUUCCAUCGCCGAGAUUGGAAAGAGACCACCAAGGUCAAUGAAAUGACUCAAUGGAUCAACUAUCUCUUGUUUGGGGAUGGAGCCAGUGCCUUUGUCUUGCAAGGGGCACAUCAUGCAUCACAAGUCGUGGACACAACCAAGAGCAACACCUGCUUUGAACUACUGAAAGUGAAUUCUGUCUCGGACACGUCCAUGUUUACCUUUCAGACCUAUGUGGAAGCCAACAAAGACACUUCUUGUGUCCAAGUCACUGGUCGUUUGAAUACGGAUGCUGCCAAGCAGUUCGCCCCCAAGAUGAAAGGAUGGUUGAGCUCUCAAGGCAUCCGAAUAUCUCAAGUGGAUGCCCUCUUGCUGCAUCAGCCCAAUUCUCAUGUUAUGCAAAAGAUAAAGCAGUUCCUUGCGGGUGACAAGCUUUUGGAUAUUGCUGGCAAGUACGGCAAUCUUGUGUCUGCCAGUCUGGGUACCCAAUUCUACGAGCAGAUUUACAGCAGUGGCAAGAACAAGGUGAAGCACGGACGCCUUGUGGCAGGGUUUACAUUUGGUGCUCAUGCUGGUAACACCUAUGGAGGAUUUCUUGCUCGUGUUCACAUUGGAGAGGAGGAGACUAUGGCUAGUGGGUCCUCCGAACUGCACUUGUCGGAUGCUUCUUCCUCCAUCAGUGUAUAACCCGAAUAGUUCGAUUUGAUUCCUAUUACCUUGCACCCGUUCUCUGAACGAAUACAAUACCAUAAUAUAUAUGGAUUCCAUGAAUACUCU